CGCGGCUUAGCCGGCGGCACAGCGGGUGUCAUACGGGAGUGUAACGCUAUAGGUCGUCCUAACGCGCAUGGAUGGCCUGCGCUUCUAGUUCCAGCCACUGCUUUCCAUAAACGCCGCGUCGUUUUUCUUCUCCCUCGUUUGCGCGGCCUUAUCGGUGUGAUGAAGACAGAAAGUUUUCCGGAGAAAGGCAGCGGAGAUCCUUGCCUUUCUAUCUCCACUCUGCGCCUCUUGAUCCCUCCCUUACGGCUACUGUCUGCAGCCAUGUGGCAAGUGGCACAGCGAAGAGACGUGAUGCAUUAUGGGACGCUGGAGGAGUUUGUAACUUUGGUGACCGAGACUCUCCCAGAAUUGAUGUGUUACAGACAACGAGCUCAACUUAUCCUUGGACUACGAGCAAAGCUGAUUCUGGAGUUGUGCCGCGGAGAGCACCCAGUGGAUCCACAGACCAUCCAGCCCCACCUGGACAGGAUUCGAGCUCCUAGCGACCAUUCCGGGCACACAGAUUGUAGUGAUGCUGAAGUGGAGGCAUCCAGGGCCAACUUCUGGCAGCUGGUUCAAACCCUUCUGAAAGACCCAGCUGAGAGGGAACAUUUCUUCCAGGAGGUGUUCCCAGUGGAGUACGGACCCAAGUAUGACACAGCCCUGCAGAUACUAGUCUGGGAGCUCCUCUCCAGACUAGAGCAGCUGCUUCCAGUGCCUGAUCUGGCACAGACAGUUUCUUGGCUCAGUGAUGCUCCUUCAGUGCUGGAAGAGUGUUUGCAGUCUAUUACUGCCCCAGAGGAAUUGAGAACCUUGCUCCAGCAGUAUAAGUGUUAUGGGCAUAUGGACACACAUGCAACCAUUUCCUCAGUGGAUGAAUUUAUCCUCGCUUCUCUGUCCACCCCUCCCUUUGACAGAGUCGUGAUUGCCAUGAAGCAGGCGGACUCUGAAAUCCACUCAGAAACCUUGCAUGAUUCUCUGACCUUUUUGAGUCCCACCUCAGUGAGCGAAGAGGUGGAGGUGGAGACAGUAAUAGAGAGCACUGAUUUCACAGAGGUGGACCUGACUGCCAGUCUGGACCAAAGCGAGGACACAGUGAGAGAAGUAGAAAGUGGAAUAGCAGAAAGGGAGGAGCAAGUCACAGAGUCUGAAGGGAACGGUGCAGAGGAGAGCAUAGGGAAAGCAGAUGAGCCAAAUGAAGAGAUAGAAGGCAGCUGCAGAAGCAAAGAGGAAAAUGCACUCACAAGUGAACUUGACAAUGAUAAAAAUGAGCUGGAGGCCACUCAUGAAUCUGGUGCUGGGCCCUAUAGUGAAUAUGGAUCAAACUCCCUGCAACAGGAACAGGAAAGAGAGUGCCACAGGGCAUCAUGGGAAGCACAAGUUGCGACCCAAGAAAAAGCUCCGCUUGGCGGUUUGGACACAGCCGUGGUACCAGUAACUGAAGUGCCACAAAAUGUGGUUACUGUUGAGUACUAUGAAGGGUCCACACUGACCUCCAAAAGGAGUGGAAACAGAGAGCGAACCACGGAGCUGUCCUCUUUAGUUUUCGCCUGUGCUAUUUGCCCAUUCGCUCACAGGAAUGAGAUGCAGCUCCAUCAGCACAUUGAAACAGCCCAUCCAGAGGAGUACGACAAACUCUUACGGUCUGAAGUCAAUGAAGCUGAAGUUCCGCACCAGCAAGCCACGCCCCCGAAGGAACCUCAGAGUCCCACAUGUGCCGGUACACGUGCACCAAAGACCCACGCUUGCUUCCAUUGCUGUAAGAGCUUCAGGUCCCGUUCGGACCUCGCCAGACACCAGCAGAUUCACACAGGCGAGCGCCCGUUUCCCUGCUCUCAGUGCGAAAAGAGUUUCAAAAACUCAUGGGACCGGACGAGGCAUGAGCGCACGCACACUGGUGAGCGGCCCUUCCACUGCUCGCAGUGUGGGAAGAACUUCACGCAGCUGGGCUUCCUGAGCCUGCACCGUAGGCGUGCUCACAAGGGGGACUGUUCCUACCAGUGCUCUGUCUGCGGGAAAAACUUUGCUGCACCGUCGGAUCUGGCGAGACACAGACAGAGCCAUGCUGUAAGGCGUCAGUACAGAUGCACUCAGUGCGAGAAGAGUUACACGCGCCUGUCGGACCUCCGCAGGCACCAGCUCAAUCACACAGGAGAGCGUCCCCACCACUGCUCCGAGUGCGGCAAGAGCUUUACCCAGCUGUGGAUUUUGGCUAAGCACCAACGCACUCACACCGGGGAGCGCCCUUUUCAGUGCUCCCACUGUCAGAAGAGUUUUACUCAACUAUCCAUUUUGAUUAGACACCAGAGAAUUCACACUGGAGAGCGACCGUAUCACUGCUCUCAGUGUCAGAAGACAUUCCUGUCUUCGGGGGAACUGUCAAAACACUAUAAAUGCCACACAGAAGACAGGCCUUACCUAUGUACCCAGUGUGGUAAAGGGUUUAAAACGAAGCGCACUUUGAACGAGCACUGGCGUACUCACACGGGGGAGCGCCCAUACCACUGCUCACACUGCGGUAAGUGUUUCACCAAGUCCACAGCUCUGACGAGACACCAGCUGAUACACACGGGCCAGAGGCCACACAGUUGCUCGCAGUGUGGGAAGACAUUCCUUUCGUCCAGAGAACUACUGCUGCAUCAGCGCUCUCACACUGGGGAGCGGCCUUAUCAAUGCUCUCAGUGUGAGAAAAGUUUUCGGUCAUCGUCUGACCUAACACGACAUCACCGAAGUCACACUGGGGAGUGCCCGUAUUCGUGUUCGCGGUGCAAGAAAACAUUUUCUUGUUCGACAAAACUGAAAAGACACUUGCAAAUCCAUGCAGAGGAAAAGCCAUUUCAGUGCUUGGAGUGUGGGGAAACGUUCAGCCGGUCGUGCCUCUUAAAGACACACCAGCAGGUUCACACAGGGAAGGACUGCUGAAGCUCUUCUGAUGAUCUACAUUAUUAUAUUGUCAAAUGCAUGGUAACUUUUUUGUAUAUUGUACUUUAGCAGUGAAAUGGUAGCCAAGCCUUCAACUGGGAGAAAGAAAAAAAGGAACAAAUUGCUAAAAAUUUGCUGCAUUGUUGUAUAUGUGGUGGUCAGUAAGUUUUAAAACUGGCCACAUUGUGGUGCUGCUGUGCUGCCUGCACAGAUGGCUUGCAAUCACAGCAGUGACGCUUGGCAGCUAGUCUUAAAAGUUUACUAUAUCACGUAUAUACAGUGUUAAACUUUAAUGUUGAAAGUUUACUGCAUUAAAUUAUUGCAGCAG